GCUAUUAAGAGAGAGAUAGCUUGGAGCCACACCCUCUCCCUCUUUAAACUCUUUACUGUCUAUUUAUCUUCAAAAAGGUACGCUCUGCAAAACCCUAGAAACCUUUCCUGUUUUAUAUUUUUAGUACUGCGAGGUUUAAUUUAAUUUUAUGUAGGUAGUUAUAUGUAUGGUGUAUGCAUAGGUUGUGUGUGAAUGUGGAGUGGUGUUAAUGGGGAAAGGAAGACCUAGGGCUGUGGAGAAGGGAGUGGUAGGCCCAAAUUUGAGUGUUUCGGCAUCUGGAUCAUUGAAUAUACCAUCUGCACCUGUAUAUUAUCCUACUGAGGAUGAAUUUAGAGACCCUUUGGAGUAUAUAUAUAAGAUCAGGCCAGAGGCUGAGUUAUAUGGGAUUUGUAGGAUAGUUCCACCUAAGAACUGGAAACCCCCAUUUGCUUUGGAUUUGGAUUCAUUCACAUUCCCCACGAAAACGCAAGCCAUUCAUCAGUUGCAGGUACGGCCUGCUUCGUGUGAUUCCAAGACUUUUGAGUUGGAGUACAAUAGGUUCUUGGAGGACCAUUGUGGGAAGAAGUUGAGGAAGAAGGUGGUUUUUGAAGGGGAGGAGUUGGAUUUGUGUAAGUUAUUUAAUGCUGCGAAGCGGUAUGGAGGGUAUGAUAAGGUUGUGAAGGGGAAGAAGUGGGGCGAGGUUGCUCGUUUUGUGAGGCCAGCGAGAAAGAUUUCGGAGUGUUCGAAGCAUGUAUUGUGUCAAUUGUAUCGGGACCAUUUACAUGAUUAUGAAAAGUAUUAUAAUAAGCUGAACAAAGAGGUGGUUAGGAGUCGUAAAAGGGGUAUGCAUGAGGAGAAGAGGAGUGAACAAAAUGUUGAAUGUUCCAGCUCCAAAAGGAGGCGAACCCAUAAUGAGGGUGAGAAAGUUAAGGUCUGUAAGGUAGAGAAGGAGGAUGAGGAGCAUGAUCAGAUAUGCGAACAAUGCAGAAGUGGGUUGCACGGCGAAGUGAUGCUUUUGUGUGACAGGUGCAAUAAGGGGUGGCACAUUCAUUGUCUCUCUCCACCAUUGAAACAGGUGCCGCCUGGGAAUUGGUAUUGUUUGGAUUGCUUGAAUUCAGACAAAGAUAGUUUUGGUUUUGUGCCUGGUAAGCGUUUCUCGCUGGAAGUUUUUAGGCGUGUGGCUAAUCGAUCAAAGAGGAAAUGGUUUGGGUCAGGAUCUGCAUCACGGGUUCAAAUAGAGAAAAAGUUUUGGGAAAUUGUGGAGGGUUCCAUUGGUGAGGUUGAAGUUAUGUAUGGCAGUGACUUGGACACUUCUAUUUAUGGGAGCGGUUUUCCACGUGGAAAUGAUCAAAGACCAGAAUCAGUUGAGGCCAAGAUAUGGGAUGAAUACUGUGGUAGCCCAUGGAAUCUGAAUAACUUGCCCAAGUUGAAAGGGUCAGUGCUUAGAACUGUUCAUCAUAACAUUGCUGGUGUUAUGGUGCCUUGGCUGUAUGUUGGGAUGUUGUUCUCAUCUUUUUGUUGGCAUUUUGAAGAUCAUUGUUUUUACUCGAUGAAUUAUUUGCACUGGGGGGAGCCAAAAUGUUGGUACAGCGUCCCUGGUAGUGAAGCUAGUGCAUUUGAGAAGGUGAUGCGUAACAGUCUUCCUGAUCUUUUUGAUGCACAACCUGAUUUGCUCUUUCAGCUCGUCACCAUGUUAAAUCCAUCUGUUUUGCAAGAGAAUGGAGUUCCUGUUUAUAGUGUAUUACAGGAGCCUGGCAAUUUUGUCAUCACCUUCCCCAGAUCUUACCAUGGAGGUUUUAAUCUUGGUUUGAAUUGUGCAGAAGCUGUCAAUUUUGCCCCUGCGGACUGGCUACCUCAUGGUGGGUUUGGAGCAGGGCUGUAUCAGCUUUAUCGCAAAACUGCUGUUCUGUCUCACGAGGAGCUUGUUUGUGUGGUAGCCAAGAGUGACUGUGACAGCAGAGUAACACCGUAUUUGAAGAAAGAAUUGACAAGAAUUUACAGCAAGGAAAAAACCUGGAGGGAGCGCCUUUGGAGAAAAGGGAUCAUCAAAUCAUCUCUUAUGUCCUCUAGGAAAUGCCCUGAAUAUGUUGGUACCGAAGAGGAUCCUACGUGCAUUAUAUGCAAACAAUAUCUUUAUCUUUCUGCUGUUGUUUGUCGUUGUAGGCCAUCCGCAUUUGUAUGUCUGGAGCAUUGGGAACACCUCUGUGAAUGCAAAUCCAGAAGACUUCGUGUUCUAUAUCGUCAUACACUGGGUGAGUUGCAUGACUUGGUGCUUGCAAUGGAUAAACAUUGUUUCGAGGAGACAACAGAAAGUAGGACUUUAAGAAGGCAAAUCUCAUGCCCUGAUGAACCAACUGCUUUGAAAAAAAAGGUCAAAGGGGGCCAUGCAACUUUUUCUCAACUUGCAGAAAAAUGGCUUUUGCGCUCGUGUAAGAUUUCUCAGAGUCCGUUUUCCAGAGAUGAGUAUGUUUCUGUAUUAAAGGAGGCUGAACAAUUUCUUUGGGCUGGUUCUGAGAUGAAUCCUGUGCGGGAAAUGGCAAAAAAUUUGAUUCGAUCUCAGAAAUGGGCUGAAGGUGUAAGAGAUUGUCUAUCCAAAAUUGAAACUUGGUCAUCUCAUUGUGGCAACGGUAUAGAGAGAGCUCAUUUGGAAUAUAUUAAUGAGUUGCUGAGUUUUGAUGCGGUGCCCUGUUACGAGCCUGGUCAUCUUAAUUUGAAGAAUUAUGCUGAACAGGCAAGGGGGUUGAUACAGGACAUUGAGUCUGCUAUGUCAUCAUGCCCAAAGAUAUCUGAGUUGGAAUUGCUGUACUCCAGAGCCUGUGAGUUUCCAAUAUAUGUGAAGGAAAGUGAAAACUUACUACAAAGAAUUUCGUCAGCAAAGGUCUUGAUGGAAGGCAUAAGAAAUUGCAUCUCAGAAAAACGUCCUGCUGCAAUUGACGUUGAUGUUGUUUACAAGUUGAAAUUGGAGAGUUUGGAGCUCCAAGUUCAACUCCCAGAUAUAGAAAAGCUUUCGGAUCUAUUAGGGAAGGCUGAAUCAUGUCGUGCGCGAUGUGGUGAAAUUUUGAAGGAUCAUAUUAGCCUAAAGGAUGUUGAGGUGCUUCUUCAAGAGCUGGAUGGUUUUACUGUUAACAUACCAGAGCUGAAGCUUCUGAGUCAGUACCACACAGAUGCAGUUUCUUGGAUUUCUCGUUUUAAUGCUGUUCUUGUGAGCAGUCAUGAAAGGGAAGAUCAAAAUAAUGCAGUUGAUGAGUUAAUGCUUAUUCUAAAAGAUGGAGCAUCUUUGAGAAUUAAAGUUGAUCAGUUGUCUUUAGUAGAGUGUGAGUUGAAGAAGGCUCGGUGCAGGGAAAAGGCGCUGAGGAUGCGAGAUACUAAAUUGUCUCUGGACUUCAUUCAAGAAGUGAUAAUGGAGGCAGCAGUGUUACAUAUUGAGGGAGAGAAGAUAUUCGUUGAUAUGUCCAAAGUACUGGAUGCUGCCUUGCAAUGGGAGGAAAGAGCAAAAUAUAUUCUUGCACAUGAGGCCCAUAUAUCUGACUUUGAGGAUGUCAUUAGGAGUUCGGAAGACAUAUAUGUGAAUUUACCUUCUCUCCUUGAUGUCAAGGAUACACUAUCAAAAGCUAUGGCCUGGUUGAGGAGCUCAGAGCCAUUUUUGGUGACUUGUUCUCCUUUGGUACCUGCUUCAAGUUCUUUGCUGAAUGUUGACACCUUGAAGGAAUUAGUUUCAGAGUCAAAGUGUAUAAAUGUAUCUUUGAAAGAAAAAAUGAUGCUUGAGACUGUUCUAAUGAACUGUGAGGAAUGGAAGCAUGAUGCUUGCUCUCUACUGCAAGUUAUAAGCUGCCUAUUUGAUAUGAGGAUCAGUGGUGAUGGAAUAAGAGAUGGUCUUAUUUCUAAGAUUGAAAGUCUAGUUAAGAGAAUAGAAUCCAUGGAGAACACUGGUUUAUCUCUUGCUUUUGACUUUGACGAGCUUGCAAAACUUAAGGAUGUGUGUUCUAUGCUGCAAUGGUGUAAGAAGGCACUUUCUUUCUGCUCGGAUGCUCCUUCUUUUGAGGAUGUGGAUAGUUUGAUGAAUGGUGUAGAAAAUUCAUUUGGUACAUAUGCCUCCAGUGCACUGUGGUGCUCAUUGGUUGAAGGGGUCAAAUGGCUUAAGCAUGCUACAAAGGUUAUUUCUGUAUCAUGCAAUUUUGGAAGAUGCAAGUUAAGUGAAGCUGAAGAAGUUCUUUCUAAUUCUCAGAGUCUUAGUGUUUCCUUCCCUUUGAUGUUUGGUCAAGUUGAAAGUGCCAUUCAGAAACACAAGUAUUGGCUUGAGCAAGUGCAUCAACUUUUCAGAUUAAGGCCGGGGGAACGAUCUUGGUCACUAAUGUUACAGCUAAGGGAACUUGGAGUUUCUGUUGCUUUCAGUUGCACAGAACUAGAUUUGAUCAUAUGUGAAGUUGGAAGGGUUGAGAGUUGGAAACGACAGUGCAUGGAUAUUGUCAAGAGUCUAAUUGAAGAUGAGGAUUCAUUGCUUGGUGCUCUAGAAAAGAUAAGUCAGACUCUAGAUAGAUCUAUGCACGUAUAUGAUAAGCCGCAUGGCUUGAAAGAGAGUGGUUAUUAUGCGUGCUGCUCCAGUGGUUCUCUGGAUCAGGAAUUUCUUACUUGUUCUUCGUGCAAGGACUGCUACCAUGGGCGGUGUCUAGGAACUUCCAUAGUAGAUGCAAAACAUGCAAAGUAUGUAUGCCCUUGUUGCCGAUAUCUGGAAUGUGGAACAACUUCUCAAAAUGGAGGCAGUCUGAAAUUUGGAGGGAUGCGUCCAGAACUACAAAAAAUUAUUGAACAUCUAUCCGGUGAAGAAGAUUUCUGUGUUUGUAUUGAAGAAAGAGAGGUACUGAAAGAAGUCAUGAAGAAAGCUCUGGCAUGCAAAUCCCGCUUGAAAGAAAUAGUGGAUUUUGCAUUAGCUUAUUCUGAUAAAGAUCUGAGUGUCAUCUUUGGAAAACUAAGCACAGCUUUAAAGGCCAGAGAAAUGGAAGGUGUACAUGAUCAUGAAGGUGAUUGCAACCUUAUGUUGGUGUUAUCAAGAUACUCAUGGAAAGUCAAAGUCAAUAAGUCACUGGAGGGUUCACAAAAGCCCACAAUCCAACAGAUUCAGCAGCAUUUAAAAGAGGGAGCUGCCUUGAAUAUUCCACCUGGAGAUUACUAUAGGCAGAAACUUACAGAAGUGAAGUGUAUUGGCUUGCAGUGGGCAGAUAAUGCUAAGAAGGUAGCUGCAGAUUCUGGGGCUCUGCCACUGGGUAAAGUUUUUGAACUUGUUUUGGAGGGUGCAAACUUGCCUGUUCGUAUGGAGAAGGAACUUAAGUUAUUGAAAACUCGAAGUAUGCUUUAUUGCAUAUGUCGAAAGCCGUAUGAUCAGCGGGCAAUGAUUGCAUGUGACCAAUGUGAUGAGUGGUAUCACUUUGAUUGCCUUAAAUUACGUUCCGCACCAAAGGUUUACAUUUGCCCUGCAUGCGAGCCUCGAGCACAAGAGACUGAAGUGUUCUCUACAGCAUCGGGGGUGGAUCAUGAGAGAUGUACUGAUGCCAAAUUUGUAGAGCCUAAAACGCCUUCACCUACGCACACAAAGUGCAGGACGAACCUAAAGAAAGUAGAGUCUGAUCUAAACCAAAAGAUGCGUGCAAUUACAGAUCCCAACAAUCUUUUUAGGUGUUCUAGUGGGAUAGAGCGUUUAUGGUGGCGAAAUCGGAAACCUUUCAGAAGGGCGGCCAAAAGACGUGCCGAGCUUGAAAGUCUUUCUCUAUUUUCUCAUUUGCAACAAUAACAACGGGAAAAAUUGAUUCGUUUGGAAUACUGAUAAUUUGACUGCAAUAAUGAGCUUUUGAUCAGCCA